GCCGCUGCUCCCGCGCGCUCCGGCCCCUCCUCGGCCACACAAAGGCCCGUCUCCAUGGCAGCCGCGCGGGCCGGAGCGCAGCGCCGAUCGCGGCCCGGGCGCCAUCGAGCCUCGGCGGCGGACGUGCAGAGAAUCUUGAUGCGGGCCCAGAGCAGAGACUGAGCUGGACGACUGGAGCCUCGCCAGGAAGAAGGCCGUCUGAUGCCCUUAAGGAAAUCCCCGCCAGCCCCGGUGAGCCAGGGGUCCUGGGGCUGCCUUCAAAACAGGAAGCGCCCGUUCCAGGAACGCCAGGAACGCCAGCGGCAGGAAGCUUUGCUGGCUGUGCCUGGCGCCUCCCGCACGGUGGCUUGAGCUCCCCGGUCAGGGUGCCGGGGGCGAUGGCUCUGCCACUCUGGGCCCUGACCCUCCUGGGCCUGGCGGGCGCAGGUGCAGGCCUGCGGCCCCGAAAGCUGGACAUCUUCCGCAGCGACACCGAGCUGAACCACCUGGUUGUGGACGAGGCAUCGGGCGUGGUGUACGUGGGGGCCGUGAAUGUGCUCUACCAGCUGACUCCUGACCUGCAGCUGGGGCAGCAGGCGGUCACGGGCCCGGCCCGGGACAAUAAGAAGUGCACGCCGCCCAUUGAACAGAGCCAGUGCCACGAGGCUGUGCUCACCGACAACACCAACCAGCUCCUGCUGCUCGACCCGCCCGGGAAGCGCCUCGUCGAGUGCGGCAGCCUCUUCAAGGGCAUCUGUGCCCUGCGUGCUCUGAGCAACAUCUCCACCCGCCUCUUCUAUGAGGACGGUAGCGGCGAGAAGUCCUUUGUGGCCAGCAAUGAUGAGAGUGUGACCACGGUGGGGCUGGUGAGCGCCACGAGCCCUGGUGGUGAAAGGGUUCUGUUCGUGGGCAAAGGCAAUGGGCCCCACGACAACGGCAUCAUCGUGAGUACCCGCCUGCUGGACCGGGCCGAGGGCAGGGAGGCCUUCGAGGCCUACACGGACCACGCCACCUACAAGGCCGGAUACCUGUCCACCAACACGCAGCAGUUCGUGGCUGCCUUUGAGGAUGGCCUCUACGUUUUCUUCGUCUUCAACCAGCAGGACAAGCACCCGCCCCGUAACCGCACGCUCCUGGCUCGCAUGUGCAAGCAAGACCCCUUCUAUUACUCCUACCUGGAGAUGGACCUGGAGUGCCUUGACCCCAGUGACCCCCAGGCCCCUGCCUUUGGCACCUGCUUGGCGGCCUCUCUGGCUGUGCUCAGUACCAGCAGGGUGCUGUACGCCGUCUUCAGCAGGGAUGGCCGGGGCGGUGGGGGGCCCCGUGCGGGCCUCUGCCUGUUCCCGCUGGACGAGGUCCAUGCCAAGAUGGAGGCCAGCCGCAGUGCCUGCUACACUAGCACCCGGGAGGCGGGCCGCGACACCUUCUACAAGCCCUUCCACGGCGAGAUCCAGUGUGGCGGCCACGGGCUGGGCGCCAGUGAGAGCUUCCCGUGUGGCUCUGAGCACCUGCCUUACCCGCUGGGCAGCAGAGACGGACUGACAGCCACGGCCGUGCUGUGGCGUGGCGGCCUGAACCUGACAGCCGUGGCGGUGACCGCGGAGAAUGGCCACACGGUUGCCUUCCUGGGCACCUCCGAUGGCCAGGUCCUCAAGGUCUACCUUGCCCCGGACGGCAGCUCCGCGGAGUAUGGCUCCAUCCUCGUGGAGAUCAACAAGAGAAUCAAGCGGGACCUGGUGCUGUCCCCGGAUCUGGCCAGUCUUUACGCCAUGACCCAGGACAAGGUUUUCCGGUUCCCCGUGCAGGACUGUCUGAGCUAUCCAACCUGCGAACAGUGCCGCAGCUCCCAGGACCCCUACUGCGGCUGGUGCGUCGUUGAGGGACGAUGCACCAGGAGGGCCGAGUGCUCACGGGCUGAGGAGAGCGGCCACUGGCUGUGGAGCCGUGACGAGUCCUGUGUAGCCAUCACCGGGGCCCAGCCACAGAACAUGAGCCGACGGGCCCAGGGGGAGGUGCAGCUGACCGUCAGUCCCCUCCCAGCCCUGAGCGACGAAGACCAACUGCUGUGCCACUUUGGUGACUCACCAGCACACCCUGCCCGCGUGGAGGGGGAUGCCGUCAUCUGCAACUCCCCACGUACCAUUCCUAACACGCCACCCGGCCAGGACCACGUGGCUGUGAACAUCCAGCUCCUCUUCAGACGUGGCAGCAUCUUCCUCACUUCCCAUCUGUACCCCUUCUACGACUGCCGGGAGGCCAUGAGCCUGGCGGAGAACCUGCCGUGCAUCUCCUGCGCGAGCAACCGCUGGACCUGCCAGUGGGACCUGCGCUACCAUGAGUGUCGGGAGGCCUCCCCCAACCCUGAGGAUGGCAUUGUCCGCGCCCACAUGGAGGACAACUGCCCCCAGUUCCUGAACCCCAGCCCACUGGUCAUCCCCAUGAACCACGAGACGGAUGUAACCUUCCAGGGGAAGAACCUGGACACAGUGAAGGGCUCCUCUUUGCACGUGGGCAGCGACCUACUCAAGUUUGAGGAGCCAGUGAGCACGCAGGAACCGGGAACCUUCUUCUUUCGGACCCCAAAGCUGUCCCAUGAUGCCAACGAGACGCUGCCUUUGCACCUGUAUGUCAAGUCCUACGGCCAGAAUGUCGACAGCAAGCUCCAAGUCACCCUCUACAACUGCUCCUUUGGCCGUGGUGACUGCAGUCUGUGCCUGGCGGCCAGCCCCGAGUACAAGUGUGUGUGGUGUGCGGGGCAGGGCAGGUGUGUGUACGAGGCUCUCUGCCUCAACAGCACCUCCGAGUGCCCAGCACCCGUCAUCACCAGGAUCCACCCUGAGACGGGCCCACUGGGCGGGGGCAUCCGAAUCACCAUCCUUGGGUCCAAUUUGGGGGUCAGAGCAGAGGACGUCCAGAGGGUGACCGUGGCGGGCCAGAACUGCGUCUUUGAGCCGGAGCGCUAUUCCGUGUCCACCCGGAUCGUGUGCGCCGUAGAGGCCGCCGCGGGGCCCAUCACAGGGGGCAUCGUGGUGGACGUCAGUGGGAAGCUGGGUCACUCACCACCCCACGUCCAGUUCACCUACCAGCAGCCCCAGCCCCUCAAUGUGGAGCCAAAGCAGGGGCCACAGGCAGGCGGCACCACGCUGACCAUCAGUGGUACCCACCUGGACACAGGCUCUGAGGAAGACGUGCGGGUGACCCUCAAUGACGUCCCGUGUAAAGUGACGCAGUUCGGGGCACAGCUCCAGUGUGUCACUGGCCCGCAGUCCGUUCUGGGGGAGCUGCCCCUGGAGAUUUACUACGGGGGCUCCCGGGUGCCCAACCCUGGUGUCAUCUUCACCUACCGCGAGAAUCCCGUGCUGCGGGCCUUCGAACCGCUGCGAAGCUUCGUCAGUGGUGGCCGUAGCAUCAACGUCACGGGGCAGGGCUUCAGCCUGAUCCAGAGGUUCGCCAUGGUGGUCAUAGCCGAGCCCCUGCAGUCCUGGCGGCGGCGGCGGGAGGCCGGACCCCUGCAGCCCGUGACGGUCGUGGGCAAGGAGUACAUAUUCCACAACGACUCCAAGGUCGUGUUCUCGUCCCCCGCGGUCCCCGAGGAGCCCGAGGCCUACAAUCUCACUGCACUCAUCCAGAUGGACGGGCACCGGGCCCUGCUCAGGACCGAGGCCGGUGCCUUCGAGUACGUGGCCGACCCCACCUUUGAGAACUUCACGGGGGGUGUCAAGAAGCAGGUCAACAAGCUCAUCCAUGCCCGGGGCACUAAUCUGAACAAGGCAAUGACGCUUCACGAGGCCGAGGCAUUUGUGGGAGCUGAGCGCUGCGUCAUGAAGACACUGACCGAGACGGACCUGUACUGUGAGCCUCCGGAGGUGCAGCCGCCCCCCAAGCGGCGGCAGAAGCGGGACACCACACACAACCUGCCGGAGUUCAUUGUGAAGUUUGGCUCCCGAGAGUGGGUUCUGGGCCGCGUGGAGUAUGACACGAGGGUGAGCGACGUGCCCCUCAGCCUCAUCCUGCCGCUGGUCAUCGUGCCCAUGGUGGUGGUCAUUGCUGUGUCUGUCUACUGUUACUGGAGGAAGAGCCAACAGGCAGAGCGUGAGUACGAGAAGAUCAAGUCCCAGCUGGAGGGCUUGGAGGAGAGCGUGCGUGACCGUUGCAAGAAGGAGUUUACAGACCUGAUGAUCGAGAUGGAGGACCAGACCAACGAUGUGCACGAGGCAGGCAUCCCCGUGCUGGACUACAAGACCUACACCGACCGCGUCUUCUUCCUGCCCUCCAAGGACGGCGACAAGGAUGUGAUGAUCACGGGCAGGCUGGACAUCCCGGAGUCGCGGCGGCCUGUGGUGGAGCAGGCUCUGUACCAGUUCUCCAACCUGCUCAACAGCAAGUCCUUCCUGGUCACUUUCAUCCACACCCUGGAGAGCCAGCGUGAGUUCUCCGCCCGCGCCAAGGUCUACUUCGCAUCCCUGCUGACCGUGGCGCUGCAUGGGAAACUGGAGUAUUACACAGACAUCAUGCGCACGCUCUUUCUGGAGCUCAUGGAGCAGUACGUGGUGGCCAAGAACCCCAAGCUGAUGCUGCGCAGGUCUGAGACGGUGGUAGAAAGGAUGCUGUCCAACUGGAUGUCCAUCUGCCUGUAUCAGUACCUCAAGGACAGUGCCGGCGAGCCUCUGUACAAGCUUUUCAAGGCCAUCAAGCAUCAGGUGGAGAAGGGGCCAGUAGACGCUGUGCAGAAGAAGGCCAAAUACACCCUCAAUGAUACGGGGCUGCUGGGGGAUGACGUGGAGUAUGCGCCCCUGACGGUGAGCGUGAUCGUCCAGGAUGAAGGGACCGACGCCAUCCCAGUCAAGGUGCUCAACUGUGACACCAUCUCCCAGGUCAAGGAAAAGAUCAUUGACCAGGUGUACCGCAUACAGCCAUGCUCCCGAUGGCCUAAGGCUGACAGUGUGGUGCUUGGUGAGCAAGGCCCCUGGGUCCCCUGGCGGGGGGUCCUGCCCUCGGACCCUGGUUGGGCAGGUGGGGUGCAGGGACAGCUGGAGGGAGCUGGGUGCCGUGCGGCUGGGCUCCAGGUGUCGUGCCGUGUCCUUCCAGAGUGGCGUCCUGGAUCCACAGCCCAGAUCCUGUCAGACCUGGACCUGACCUCUCAGCGGGAGGGCCGGUGGAAACGCAUCAACACCCUGAUGCACUACAACGUCCGGGAUGGAGCCACUCUCAUCCUGUCCACGGUGGGAGUCUCCCAACAGCCAGAGGACAGCCAGCCGGACCUGCCUGGGGAGCGCCAUGCUCUCCUAGAGGAGGAGAACCGUGUGUGGCACCUGGUGCGGCCGACGGAUGAGGUGGAUGAGGGCAGGUCCAAGCGGGGCAGCGUGAAGGAGAAGGAACGCACCAAGGCCAUCACGGAGAUCUACUUGACCCGCCUGCUCUCCGUCAAGGGCACGCUGCAGCAGUUUGUGGACAACUUCUUCCAGAGCGUCCUGGCGCCCGGGCAUGCGGUGCCGCCCGCGGUUAAGUACUUCUUCGACUUCCUGGAUGAGCAGGCGGAGAAGCAUGACAUUAAGGAUGAGGACACCAUCCACAUCUGGAAGACCAACAGUUUACCACUCCGGUUCUGGGUGAACAUCCUCAAGAACCCUCAUUUCAUCUUCGACGUCCACGUUCACGAGGUGGUGGACGCCUCCCUGUCAGUCAUCGCCCAGACCUUCAUGGACGCUUGUACACGCACAGAGCACAAGCUGAGCCGCGACUCCCCCAGCAACAAGCUGCUCUACGCCAAGGAGAUCUCCACCUACAAGAAGAUGGUAGAGGAUUAUUACAAGGGGAUCAGGCAGAUGGUGCAGGUCAGCGAUCAGGACAUGAACACACACUUGGCAGAGAUUUCCCGGGCACACACAGACUCCCUCAACACCCUUGUGGCCCUGCACCAGCUCUACCAGUACACGCAGAAGUACUAUGACGAGAUCAUCAACGCCCUGGAGGAGGAUCCCGCCGCCCAGAAGAUGCAGCUGGCCUUCCGCCUCCAGCAGAUCGCGGCUGCACUUGAGAACAAAGUCACAGACCUCUAACCUCUGACCUCUGCCACCACUGUCUCUGGGCACAGGUGCGUGAUGCCCCGUGUCAGGCAUUGGGCGGCCCUUGGAACACGAGGCCAAGUGGUGAGGCCCUUACCUUUCACCAGCAGAGGAAGAACCCCCGGGCGUCCACGUGUGGGUGCCCGUGGGAGCCCUCUCCUCGGUGUCUGGUGUCUGUGGCAUCUUUCUCCUGAGCAAUACCAGCACCAGCCCCCUCCUGCAGAACCAGCAUCAGGUGUCCGUCACACCUCCCGAGCGAUUCGCAAAUGUGCCUUACGCCCCUGGCGCUGCGCUGGGUCGCUGGGGGCCGUGGGGCCUCAGCUCCCCUCCCUGAGCACCAGCAGCUGCCUGAGAUCCCUGGGUUUGGCCUGUUCGGGUGGGGUGUGAGUGCCUGCAGCCCCCAGGGCCUAGUGCCCAGACUGUGUCUGUCUGCCCCGCCGGGACGGGAGGAGUAAAGCGGUACGAUGCCUUCCUGACCUCACCUGGCCUGCCCUGUGGGGCGCUGGCACUCCGGGUGGACUCCGCACCAUGGGCCCGACCUCCAAGGUCAAGCUGGACGUCAGACGUCGAGGCCCAGGUGGCCAGAGGGGCCCCAGCAGACGGGGGUCCAGGUUUCCGCCUGUCAGACAGGCUGUCCUGGAGGCCCUGCCCAGGUCUGGGGUUCGAGCAGCUCCGCCAGGACCACCCUCACCCCCACCCCCUUUUGUAAAUCUUGUUAAUUGUAAAUCAAAUAGAGCUGUCUUUUUCA